AUGACUGAGGAUCAGUACGAACCAACCAGCUGUGUGGUGACCCUGUCCACGGUGUCUGCGCUCACCUUUGUCCGGGAGGUGAAGAGUUUUGUCCAGGAGAACGUCUGGACCUCCCAUGUCUCCUACACCAUCUUCUUGAUCUCCCUCAUCGUCCUCAGCUGUCGUGGGGACUUGCGGCGGAAGCACCCCUGGAACCUCGCUGCACUGUCGAUCCUGCCCGUCAGCCUGUCCUACACGGUGGGCAUGAUCACCAGCUUCUACCACGCUGAGGCGGCCAUCAUGGCCGUGGACAUCACCCGCCAUCUGCCUCACAGUGGCCCCCUUCUCCAUGCCGCUCGCUGUGACUUCCCCUCGUGCGUGGGCGUGCUCCUGGCCAGCAUGGUGCCACUCUUCAUCUUCGCCAUCCUCUGCAUCUUCCUCCGGAACCGCAUCCUGGAGAUCGUGCAUGCCGCGCCGGGUGCUCUGCUCUCCGCCCGCUUCCCGGCCGUGGACACCCAGCUGCUACUGGGGCACAAGCAGCUGUCCCCGAGCCCAGAGGAGUACGUGUUUGCCGCGCUGAACCUAUACACAGACAUCAUCAACACCUUCCUGCACAGCCUCACCAUCAUCGCUGCGCCAAGGAGUAGUCCAAGCCCCCAGCUCGCUGUGCCCCAUCAGGGACCUCUGGGCCCUUUGGCCCUCAGUUCCCACGAGAAAACCUUUCACAGAAGUCAACCUCCUGCCCCCAACUCCAGCCUCGUUACAGUUCUCUUCAGCGGGCCUCCGGCAAUCAUCUAG